ACGAAAAUAUUAAAGCUCUUUACAUGGUUUCGGUGUAUAUUAACCACUGUAUUUUAAACACACUUUUUGUCGUCUUAUCCCGUUUAAAUUAACAUUUACUCUGUUGUUAUUAGUCAGGUAGCCCGGUUUGAUAAAUUGGCCUUAGGCUAGUAGGCUAAGGCUAGUGGCUAAUGCUAACUAGCUAGCUAUCAUCCUUGACCAUGAGUUCACUAAGCUCUCCUCUUGUUAAAGAAGAAGAGGAGGAGGAGGUCUGCUGGACGGAGAAAGAGGGUCUGUGGCUGAAUGUUGUCGUGAAAGAGGAGAAUCAAGAGGAGGUUGUUACAGUAAAACAAGAAGUAGAAGGUGAGGCUGUUACAGUGAAAGAUGAGAAAGACGCAUUCAGAGUUAAAGAGGAGGAAGAUGUGACUGUAAAAGAAGAGGAGGAAAAGAAAGAGGAGGAUGCGGUUUUUGGAGUGAAAGAGGAGAUGACUGUCAUAUCGAAAAAGGAGGAAGAAGAGGAGGAGGAGACAGGAGACCUGAUUAACACCAGAGAGAGACGUGACUAUCUUGGGUCCUCCGGGGAGCCUCAACAACAACAUGAUGCUGACGAGGUUGAGAAGAGUCUCUCCACGUCAGAACACAUCAAGAAACACCCGCAGAGAUUAAUCCAUUCAACAGAACUUAAAAGACAUCAGAGAAUCAACGCAGGAGAAAAAUCUCAUAGCUGUGAUCAAUGUGGGAAGAGUUUUGCUAAGGCGGGAGGCCUGGCAACACACCACAGAAUACACACGGGAGAAAAACCGUACCACUGCUCUGACUGUGGAAUGAGCUUUGCUACCUCAAGCCAGCUGAUAAGACAUCAGAAAACACACACAGGAGAAAAGCCUUAUUGCUGUGAUCAGUGUGGGAAGAGAUUCAUUCAAUCAGCGAACCUGACCGUACACAAGAGAAUACACACCGGAGAGAAACCGUACCACUGCUCCGACUGCGCGAAGAGCUUUUCUACUUCAAGCGGAUUGAUAACACACCAGCGAACACACACAGGAGAGAAGCCUUACCACUGCUCUGACUGUGGAAAGAGCUGUACCACCUCGAGUGCACUGAUAUCACACCAGCGUACACACACAGGAGAGAAGCAUUACCACUGCUCUGAUUGCGGGAAGAGUUUUGCUACUUUAAGCAACCUGACACAACACCAGCGAACACACACAGUAGGAAAGCCUCAUAGCUGUGAUCAAUGUGAGAAGAGAUACUCCCAUCUAAUGUCUCUGAUUAAACAUCAGAAAAUACAUGAAGAAGAUCCAGACCUAGGUAGAAGAACACAGAGUGUGGAAUGAUCUCCAACACCAGACCUGG